AUGGACCCCGAGUCCGGCUACCUGUGUCCCUCCAUCCCUCACAACGGCCUGAUCAACCCGUACUCGUACCCCGAGCUGCCCGCCCUCAUGAUGUCCAACAUGCUCGCCCAGGACGGGCACCUGCUAUCCAGCCACAUGCCCUCGAUGCCGGUGUUUGCGGGGCAAUUGGGCGGUCAUUACCCCCGCGCCCACCACAGCCCCAUGCUAAACCCAUCUGCCCGGAUACUGCCCCACCCCAUGAGCGCCCUGUCCCAGCUCAGCUCUCAGAUUGGCCAAGGCUCCUUUACACACGGUUCCCCGUCAUCGUCAGGAAGUCAGUCAGCCACACCCUCCCCCUCAAGCUCCGCCCAGGAAGAGGAAGCAAAGUACCACUCAAAGACCUACAGUGACCCAGUGGAGAGCAAAAGCGCCCAGUCUAGUCAGGCAUCGUCACACAUGAUGCCCCCCAACGCCCCCCUAGCUAUGCAGCGGGGGCUCCCAGACACGUCCUCCCCGUACCUGGGCCCCAGCCCCUUCCCCCUCUCGGACCUCCAGAGCUACGCGGUGGGGGCUCCCAGACACGGCCUGCCCCGUUCUGCCAUGCUGCCCGCGCUCAGUGCCUCCCCCCCAGCGUCCUUCCAGAUCAGCCCUCCCCUCCACCAGCAGCUCUCUCUGCACCAGGGCUCCCUCCUCAACCAGCCAAUCCGCAUGCAGCAAGUCCAGUCGCAGCCAAUCAUCUCUCACCAGAUGGGCCUCCAGGCUCCGCUGCACUCCCCACCCCCAGGACAGCAGGGAUUCUCUCACUUACAGUCCGAGUAUCAGAAGAGCGUGGGGGGGUCUCAGUCUCCAGGGGCUCCGAACCCAGCGGGCCAGAACCCCGACUGGGACAGCGAGUACUGCAACCGGGAAUGCGGCGGAAACCACUGCAGUGGCAGUAUGAUAGGCAGGGAUAAGCCACUCUACCUCACUUGAAGCAAAACAAGGAGAACGGAAAGAGAAAAGAUGAAACAACACCAGGGAGUCCCCCGCACCUCUCCACCCUUCCCAGACAUCAUCAGUUUCCCUCAGUGUCAUUUUUCAUUCGUUUUUAGAAGGAUGUGUGUGUGAAGACUACUAGUGAUCCUUUCAUUUUUGCCAAGCACUUAAAAAAUGUACAGGCCUCUCCGCCAGAGACCUCAGAGAGCACUCACCCCGUCUCUGAAUAAAUUUAAAAGAAAACGACAAAAAAAGAUGUAUAUAACAAAAACGAAAAGGAAAAAAAUAAAAAUAAAGCAAACUACCAUUAAACUGGCCCUCAGGGCAAAUGAGCUUUAACUAAAACAGAGGAAAACUCUCCUCGUAGUUUCUCAGUUACCUUCCCUCUGGUCUCAUUUUUAUUUUAUUAGAAUUUUUUUGUUUUGCUGUUGUACUUUUAUUUAUUUCCUGCUUGCUACAUAGCGCUUCUUUUGGCCAACAGGUCCUUUACUUUAGAGAAAAUACUCUUCUGAGGGCGAUACGUUGCUGUUCAACUAAUGCUCUUUGAAUUUUAGGCAAAAAAAUAGUCAAGAAAAAAGAAAUACGCAAAUGGGAAAAUUGAUAAAUACAACUUCUUUUUGUAAUUUUAAAGACCCGUGUAGGUCUUUGUUGAUCUGUCACAGUGUGAUUGUAAAUAUCACUUUUUUGGGGGUCAAAUAGGGAAGAUGAAGUCCAGAUAUUUUUUCUUCUUUAAUAUGACUUAUAAUUCAUUGAUUUGUAUUUUAAAUGGUAUUUUGUGAAUGCGUGCCGGUAUGAAUGAGCGUGUGUGAGUGUAUUUGUGCGUUGUGUAACUGAACAGCCUGUGCAGGUGAUAUCAGAAGAGUGUUUCCAAACGUACACAAUCUUGCAUUAAAAUCUGUGCUCACUGGUGUGAUUUCCCAAAAAAAGAUCUAUGGCAAAAACCAUGACAGACUGCAUGACCUGGCUCUCCAUUUAUGCUCCCCGAUUCAUCAGAGCCUCAUUUCUGAUUUUGAAGCACGACUGUAUGGAAGUCUGUUUCCACCACUGAAUACAAAAUAAAAAAUGUA